UCCAUGGCUGCUUCUCCUCCGCUCGCAUCUCCUGUGGGCGGGACUAAGUCUCGAGGAUAGGAUAGGAGUCGAGGAGGGGAAAUUAUGAAACAUCACUGUUGCCGGAAAUCCAUCCACGGAGGAGCCGUGGAGGAACCAUCAGUGUUUCCUCGAUUAUAGCUCCUCGAUGUGCAUUUAGAGAAAUUAAGAUGUCCUUCAACAUGGCGCGCUGAAAUCCAUUUCCGGGUCACUACCGGAGGACUGAGGAGUCGAGGAGGGGAAAUUAGAAAAUUGAGAAGUCUUUAUUGUCUCCCCACUAAAUAUCCUGUAGAUUUGCAGCGGCCAGCGGCGUGCAUUGAUUGUCUUCUGCACCCCGCUCGACGAUUUGAAGGAGCGCUAGAAGUCUAGUUGCGGUGUGGCUCCGCCGACCGUUAUUGAUCUUGCAAACAGCUAACCGUUAGCCGAACUGGCGAGCUAUCCGUUAGCAUGUCGGAUGUAGUGCGAGGCCCAGCAGGGAACAACGACUGUCGGAUUUAUGUGGGGAAUCUCCCUCCUGAUAUUCGAACAAAGGACGUGGAAGACGUGUUCUACAAAUAUGGCACAAUUCGAGAUAUCGACCUGAAGAACCGGAGAGGGGGGCCACCUUUCGCCUUUAUUGAAUUUGAAGACCCCAGGGACGCUGAUGAUGCAGUUUAUGGGCGUUAUGAUUAUGACGGCUACAGGCUGCGCGUGGAGUUCCCUCGGAGCAGCAGGGGCUCACGAGGUAUUUUUUUUUUUGGAGGGAUCGGCGGAGCUCCCAGAGGCAGAUACGGACCUCCAUCAAGACGCUCUGAGUACAGGGUCAUUGUUUCGGGACUCCCGCAGAGCGGCAGCUGGCAGGACCUGAAGGACCACAUGCGUGAAGCAGGCGACGUGUGCUACGCCGACGUCUUCAGAGAUGGAAGCGGAGUUGUAGAGUUUGUGCGAAAAGAAGACAUGACCUAUGCUGUUCGAAAGCUGGACAACACCAAAUUCCGCUCGCAUGAGGGAGAGACUGCUUACAUUCGUGUGAAAUUAGACGGUCCCCACAGCCCAAGUUACGGAAGAUCACGCUCCCGCAGCCGGAGCAGGAGCCGCAGCAGAAGCAAUUCCCGGGGCCGAGGCAGAGGAUCGCCCCGCUACUCGCCUCAACACAGUCGCUCUCGCUCCCGUUCUUAAACCUUUCUACCACCAAUGUUUUUGCUCUUUUGAUUUACACCUUCUUGUUUUUACCUCCUCUGAGUUUCCCCAGAAGUCAGCACUUGAUUUUAUUAUUUCUGCUUUCCAUGUCCCAAUAUCCUUAUGUUUUCUCCCACCCUCUCCAGUGGCUUUGUCCUUUUGUUUUUCUCACCCGUCUUUCUGUCCUUUCAAUAUUUAGAAAAAAAUAGGAAUUGUGCUGAGUUGUCAUAAGCUGCACUCAAUGUUUUUGCAAGUAUUUUUAGUGAGUUUUUUUUAGUUUUGUUAAUAAAAAAAAUUAAACAUCCUCUCUCUCAUUUGGAUAUGUGGGGUGGGCUUUUUCCAGCCCAAUGCUUAACUGUAUUUUACUCUUGUGUCUUCCUUUAGACUCUGAAGAGAAGGAUUAAAGUGAUUUGUAUAAAACCCAUUGUGGAGCACAUUUCAAUUGUAUGGUCAGGAUAGGACAUCUAAUUGAGGAGCAAUCAGGUCGAGGCAAUGGUACGCUUCAUAUUCCAUAAAUUGAACGUUUUGGUUAUCAUAUCAUGCAUGUCAUAUUUACAUGUCCCAUGUGCUGUAAUUUCUCAUAUAUACAAUUGUAAACAUGCUACUCUGUCUUGUGACAGAAUAAACAGUCCUAGAUCAAGUGUUGUGAUGUAAGUGUAACAUCUUUGCUGUCAAAUGUAAGAACAUUUGAUCACUGUUUUGUUCCCACUUAUAACUUUGAAUGUCCUUAUUGGUAAAACAUGUGUUUUACUUCAGGGAGUGAUAGUUGUUGUGCUCAGUGGCAUUCUUUUUUCUUGAUUGACAUAAGUGCUCAAAAAUGAAAAAAUUAGGCCCAAAAUUCUUGACAUUUUAUUCUAACAGUCUCCCUCUGAUUUUCUUCCUGGUAUUUCAAGGUUUUGAUUGGAGGAGUGGCUCAGUGGAUCCCAAUCAUUGGAGCUGGAUGAGUGGAUCGAUUAGGAAAGGGAUAGGCAAGGAUGGAUGCUCGGAACGGGAUCAGUUUUUCCAGGAUUCAAAUGAGUUUGAUUUCAGAACUAAAUAACAGGAGUCCCAGUGCAACUUUUUUUUCUAUUAGGCCCCCCAAUGCCUAUUUUAAGUUUUUCAGUGGUAAUGGCUUUAUUUUACAAGAAAACGAAACAGAGGACCAGGAAGUUGGAUCAAAGGAUGGAGUCGUAGAUGCCUGGUAUGAGGGAAUGCAAAAUUCGUGAGGUUGGGUGGGGGUUUCUGUGGGAGUAGUUUGUAUGUUUUAAUCUUGCUUUUUCUCUUAGCGUUUUCAAUAAAACACUUUCAAACAAGGA